AUGGCCACCGACGCAGGCCUGCUUGCGCUCACCCAGAAGAAAGGUGUGCUGACCAGGCUCCGGGUGCUCGACAUCGCCAGAACCAAGUUCACUCCGGCUGCACUCAUCACAGUCUCCGACCUCGAUGACCCGGCCUUCUUGCGCUGGACGCAAGUUCUGCGCCUGACCCACCUCAACCUGCACGCCACGCGGGUCACCGGGGCCAGCUUUCGUCACAUCAUCGGAAUGAAGCACCUGCGCUACCUCGAUCUGUCUGGCAUCUUUUCGGGCAACGAGCGCAGGGGCCACAUCCGGAUGCUAUCAAGACAUUUGCGCGUGGUGGUCGACACCAAGGGCAUCAAUGAAAGGCUUCUCUCGCCAAACACGCACAGGCUUAAUCCCCGCGCGACGCCUCGAAAAACCUCCGGCGUGUGCCAAGCGCUCGCCAAGGGCGACGACGACUUGGUCGAUGAGGCGGUCCGGGUGCUGAAUAGGAGUCUAGCGCCCUCGGUCAACCUCUAUGACGACUCGCAAUUCGAGGGAUUCCUCGCCGCGCAGACCUACGCCAGAUACGGCGGCAAGCACCGCAUUGACUGGCACCAGCGCAAAAUGACUGAGGUGCCCCGCAAGCCCCGAUUCGCCGACAAGACGGAGCGCUACCAGCACUUCCAGUACAAGGCCGCGGUCGGCCGUCAGCUCCUCGAGCACUUCCUGCGCGUGUAUGACCCGCCCGCUUUUCGUCCCGUGGGCCGGGCCACGUGCCUGCCCCAGCGCCUGGCCUCUGAGCUGCACCUCUUCCAGCGGGCGCACCUCGACUACUUCCGCAGGCAAGGCCGGCUCGUGUGCGACGGACCCACCCAGCUCGCCCACCACGUUCUGUCCGCCGAUCUCUGCAAUCUCUCGCCAGCCGACGUGGAGGAGUUGACCAAGAACGUGAUGGUCUGCUUGGCCGAGAGCUUCACGCGCCUCCGAGCCGACGACGGCAGCGGCUCCAAGGCCAAGGCGAGCGCUUCGCUGGACCUGAAGAACCUGGUGCAGCGCCGCGAGGUGGGCUCGGUGGAGCGCGCCGUACGGCUUCUCGCGCGCCUCGUCGCCUUGGCCAACGCGUCGGCCCACGCGCGCCUGAUCGAAAUCAUCGCUGUCGACAGUGGCGGCCUGCGACUGGUCGUGGACGUCAUGUGGCACCUGGGCCUGGCCGGCGACGACGCCGCGCUCUGCCUGGUUUGCCUGCAGAUCGUGGCCGGCCUCGUCGCCUACGAGACCCCGCCAGCGCACCUUCUUCCGCGCGCGUGGCUCGAUCCUGUCUAA